CUCCUUUCCCUUCUUCCACACGGAUUUAUCUUACAAUCUGUAACAAUGGACGCUUCAGAGACAACUUCUUCCUCAUCCAUACGGUUCCGGUCGAAGAAAACUUUUCAUUCAAACUCUAAAUCCCUACUUCCGGAUCAACAAUCUGUGAGUUCCAUGACGCCAGAGAAGCCAGCUGAGCUAUCUACCAGAACUCGGAACCGUAAAGUUGCUCUAUCGAUCAAAGAGGUCCGGAAAGCUGCGGAGAGCGUCCGUGAAUCUAAUAAGCAGCAGCCCCCUGAUCGGACUGGAAUGAGGAAAUCGGUCAGAAGGCAGAUAGAUUCGUGGCCGGAUGUGACCCCAGCCAAUAGAUCUAAGUCUGCCAUCGAUAAGCCAAUGGAAAUACCCGAGAAAUUUCAGAUUCUGAGUUUGUUUUUCGAUAGCUUGGACCGUGCAAUGCGGUUGUUGCGGUUGAGAGGUUUAGCGUCCAAUUUCUCUAAUAUAUGCCCCAAGAUAGAAUACCUCACCGAUAGGAGGUUUUCAUAUGGUCAUUUGGCUCAAUUGAAGUUUAUUUUACCUGAAGCAAUAGAACUUAAGAAGGUCCAUGUCUUUGAUGAGCGGACCAGUUGUAUGAAGCCAGAUCUUCACAUAUCUUUCAAUUUGGGCGUGCUAGAUAAUCAAGAAAGCCUUGAAACUGGAAGUCAGAAUUUGAAUUUGAGAAAGUUGUUUUGCACACGGCUUUCAGAAUUCGUGAGUUCUCAUCCAGAGAUUGACGAAGUUCCAAAGGGUUUGCUGCCGGAGCCAUUCAAUCGCUCAAGCCAAGAUCUUUUCCGGAAAACCAACUCUCUAUCUCCUGUCGAGACAGCUCCUGAACAACCAGCAAUAUCAUCAACAAAUGACGCGGAGGGAAUUCCCUUUAACCAUUCCGAAGAAAGUCUAGGUUUCCGUAUAGUUAAAUCUACGGUGCCCAGGACUGUUGUUGACCCGAGUAAACAGAAGAAUUUAAUUGGGGCAUCUCAUUUUUCACAAUCAUUUAGCCGGCGUUUCUCUCAAAAAGUUGUUAGCAGAGAAGUGGAGAAAACUGACCAAGCUACAAGGCCUUGUGCCCAAAAUCCAUCUCAUUCUGAUGCUGAGACUAAUAUCAAGACGGAGUUUUGUAAUGCAGUACCUUCUUCUAAGCCUCUCUCCCCAGUUAAACUACCUUCCAACUCAACCUGUGAUUCCAAUUAUUUUGAAAACUAUGCUUCUCCAAUUCGUGUUUCAGCACCGCCCCUUCCCUCAACUCCUAUUGAUAUGGCAGUCAGAGGUACCUCGACAAAUGAAGAUUACCCAUCUGCAAAAACUAACGAUAUUGAUUCAACUCCUGCAAAACUUGUUUCAACACCAGUUCGGCUGAUGGCUAUCACGCCUGCAAUGCCUCCACCAAAAAGAAGUUCUAGGAGUCCUCAUGAUGAUUCUUCUUGGUCAGCAAACAAGUUGAUUAGGCGACCACCCCGUUCCAGAUCACUUAUAUUUGACACUCCCACAAAGGAAGAUAAAAAUGAGGAUGAAAUAGAUGAUGGUACAAGCAGCACAUCACUUGACGAUGAUAUUUUAGAUAUUCUACCUCAGAGUCUUCUGCAAUCGAUCAGAGAGAAAGAAAGGAAGGUAAAAGAAGAACAAACACCAGCAAUAUCACAAGCUAAGAGACGACGGAAGAUGAUUGCCAACCUGCCCAAACUCUUCAAUGCUAUUUAUUUCUUAUUCCACAAGCGUACAGUUAUUACAAAGGAAGAGCUAAUAUUCAAAAUAAUCUCUGGCAAUGUGGAUAUCGUCGACAGAAGAGAAAUUGAAGAGCAGCUAGCUUUGUUGCUUGAACUAGUUCCCGAAUGGAUUUCUGAGAAGUUGGCAUCUAGUGGGGAUUCACUACUGUGCAUCGAUAGAUUGUCAAGUGCUGAAAUGGUACGUGCUCGGCUUGAAGAAGCCAAGUGAAGAAAGUAGCUUCGAAGCUGAAAACUUUAUAUAGUCCACCAUUGUUUCAGUAUCUAAUCCCGUAGUGGUACCCAAUUCAAAUGGGAAGCCAAAGCCUCUAUAAUGCAAAUUAACCAAAAGCGAAGAAUACAAAGUUCUAAUUGAAAUAGCACCUUUUGUUUUUAGGUAAAUAUGCCCUUGACAAUGACCAUCUGUGUCACCUUGUUCUGUCUCUCUGUGCAAAUUUAAACUACCAAAAUUUCCAAUGGUGUUCAAAGUUGAUGCUUCUAAUAAAAUGUCAUGGAACAA